UAUACCUUGUUCGAGUGUUCAAGCAAAGACAAGGCUUUGUACGAAAGAAACAGAGUCGCUUGCUUAAGCACCUCUGACUCACAAAUCCUAGCUUUUUCUUCUGAUGACUAUUCAUAAUAUGAUAACUUGUUGAACUGCAGCAUGAUCGGCAACUUCUCGGUACCAAUUUCUCCAGAUCCUAUCCGUUUUCAAUUACGCUGGAAUGAACCAGACUGUGGUGAUUGUGAAGCUCAAGGCAAGGGAUGUAGACUGAAGAGCUAUAGCACAAAGGAUCAAACCGAGUGUUUCUACAUCCCAAAGCUCCAUAUAAGUGCACGAGAAAGGCUGAUGAUUACUGGUAUUGUCUUAGGUUCUUUGGUUCUUGCAAUGGUUGUCACUGCAGUUGGCUGGAGAUAUUACACAGAAAAUUUGCAGAAAGAAGGUGAACUCAAGAAUGAAAAGUUUUUGGAAGAUUACAGAGCGUUUAAGCCCUCCAGAUACUCCUAUACUGAUAUUAAAAGGAUAACUGAUCAUUUCAAGGACAAACUUGUACAAGGAGGUUAUGGAACUGUCUUCAAAGGCAGACUUUCCACUGAUAUUUUGGUUGCUGUCAAGGUACUCAAUGAUUUCAAGGGAAAUGGUGAAGAAUUCAUCAAUGAAGUGAGUUCAAUGGGCAGAAUCCACCACGUGAACGUGACUCGCCUGGUUGGAUUUUGUGCCGAUGGAUACAAUCGAGCUCUGGUUUAUGAAUACCUACCCAACGAGUCAUUAGAGAAGUUCAUAUUUGCAGCCAAGUGCGAGGAUCGAUCCCUGAGUUGGGAGAGGCUUGAUGAUAUUGCUCUCGGUGUAGCCAAAGGUAUCGAGUACCUCCAUCAAGGUUGCGAUCAACGAAUCCUCCAUUUCGACAUCAAACCACACAAUAUUCUGCUGGAUCACAAAUUUAACCCUAAGAUCUCUGAUUUUGGCCUUGCUAAAUUGUGCUCCAAGGAACAAAGUGCUAUUUCAAUGACAACUGCAAGAGGAACCAUGGGAUACAUUGCACCUGAGGUACUGUCUCGUAACUUCGGCAAUGUCUUGUAUAGUCUGAUGUUUAUAGUUACGGAAUGUUAUUGCUUGAAAUGGUCAGAGGGAGAAGGAACGUAGAUGUUAAGGUGGAGAAUACAAGCCAAGUGUACUUCCCGGAAUAGGCUUAUAAGUGUUUGGAUAAAGGUGAGGAGUUGAGGAUCAGAAUUGAAGAUGAACAAA